AUGAUAAGAACCUAUGGAGAGGCAUUCUGGGCUAAAGUUUUAGAACGCUCUGGAUUUGAAGCAGGUAAAGAGAACAUCAUCAAUCACUACUACUCUGAUCAGGACACAUACACAUUAGUAGAUGCAGUCAGUGUCAUAUUGAAAGUCACAAGAGAGCAAGUAUGGGAGAUGUAUGGGUGUUUCUUGAUUCAAUACACUAUGGAGACAGGAUGGGAUGACUUGAUCAGGUCCAUGAGUCCAAACCUAAAAGGAUUUCUGGACAACCUUGACUCUCUUCAUUAUUUCAUUGACCAUGUGGUGUACAAGGCUAAUCUUCGUGGACCAUCAUUCAGAUGUGAAGACAACCCGGAUGGAACUAUUACUCUGCAUUACUACACAGGGCGUCCUGGUUUGUACCCAAUCGUGAAAGGAGUACUCCGUGAAGCGGCAAAACGUGUCUUUAAGCUGGAUGUCUCUAUGUCUAUUACAGGAAGAACUCAAAGAAGUGUGCAGAUGGCAACAGGCGAGAGAAUCGAGGAACAUGUUAUUUUUCUUAUCAAGACUCAAAACACUGACCAAUCUAACGAAGACGCUCUGGGAACCGCUGUGGUCCAACACAGCAACAACUACAAAAUUCGUCUCACCCAUAUGGAUUUUGUCUCGACUUUUCCUUAUCACAUGGUUGUUGACCAGGACUGCAAGAUUGUUCAAGUCGGAAAAGAGCUAUAUAAUCAUAUCCCAAAAGACUUGCUUGCUGUAGGAACCCCAUUGAUGCGAAUUUUUGAAGUCACUCGUCCACAGAUCCCGUUGGAUUUUGACAGUAUUUGUAAUUUCAUUAAUGCUGUGUUUGUUCUUCAGGUCAAAACUACCCCGAUGGAGUUCCAAAAGAAUGCUACCAAACGAGCCGGGCAAGCCAGUGACAACUAUGAUAACAACGUGGAUGAUAACAAUCAAACAGUUGCAACUCUUACUCAAAGCCAGCACUUGAAACUAAAAGGUCAAAUGAUGCUCAUGACUUCCGGAGGUCAUAUAAUGUAUCUUUGCUCUCCAUAUGUUACUUCCAUCCCGGAGUUGCUGCAAUAUGGACUUCGUCUCACCGCUAUGCCACUACACGAUGCAACUCGUGAUUUGAUUCUGUUGAAUCAGCAGAGACUUUCAGAUGUUGAAAUGAAUCUACAACUAGAGGCUAACAACGAGCAACUUGAGAAUAUGGCAAAAGAUUUAGAGAUAGAGAAAGGGAAAACUGACGCUCUGCUCAAGGAAAUGUUACCACCCUCGGUCGCCCAGCAGUUGAAACAGGGUCUUAGUGUCGAUGCCAGAGAAUACGAAGAGGCCACUGUUAUGUUCACCGAUGUUCCAACUUUCCAACAGAUUGUCCCACUCUGCCAACCAAAGGAUAUUGUGCACUUGCUCAACGAGCUCUUUACUAAGUUUGAUCGUUUGAUUGGUAUCCAGAGAGCAUACAAAGUGGAAACAGUUGGUGACAGUUAUAUGUCUGUCGGUGGGAUCCCUGACAACACGGAAGAUCACUGCGAAGUGAUCUGUCAUUUGGCUCUCGGAAUGGUUAUGGAAGCUCGCACUGUCUGUGACCCCAUCACAAAUACCCCAUUGCAUAUUCGUGCUGGAAUUCAUUCAGGGCCAGUAGUGGCAGGCGUUGUUGGCGCAAAAAUGCCGAGAUACUGCUUGUUCGGUGAUACUGUGAAUACUGCUUCCCGAAUGGAGAGUCAUAGUCCAAUUGGACGAAUUCAUUGUUCUGAAAAUGCAAAGAAAUGCGCUGAGAGUACCGGAAGGUUUGAGUUUGAGCCACGUGGAAAAGUACAAAUCAAAGGAAAGGGAGAGAUGAAUACCUAUUUCUUGUUGCGCAGCUUCAAAAGAUCAAUUUGGGAGAUCAUCGACCGCAGAAGAGAUGAGAAUUGCAACAGUAUUGACGGAUACAAUGAAUUGCGUGAUGGCUACGUUGACGAUGUCAUUAAUAAGAUCACUCAGAAGAAUUCGAAAACUUGCUCGAUUUCUUAA